AGUCUGUCCGCGCGCGGAAAGCCCAGCGCCCCGGCGUGCGGCGGCCGCGGGGCCUGGGAGGGACAGGGCGCGGAGGCGGGACCGCAGCUCCCUCCCACUCCGGGGGGAGCCCAGGAGGCGGCGGUGCUGGAGCGCCAGCGGAGAAGGAGGCAGCACAGCGGAGAGGCGGUCGCGAGCACGAGUGGGGUGGGGCGUGCCCACGGGCCCCCGCCCCCCUCGUCCCCCCGCCCAGCUCCGAAGCCGCAGCCCGGCGGGCGGGCCAGGGGUACGCGGCGCACCCUCCCCGGUGCGAUCUUCAGCCACCCAGGCCUACCGGGACGCCGCGCGGAGCGGGGACGAGGGGGACGGGACGCCCCCUUGAGCAGGAGCCGUCGGAGGGGCGGGCCCGAGGCCGGCGAGCAGCCCCGUUGGAGCCGGGCGCAGGGGCUGGGACGCAGCUGGAGCGCAGAGGGCCGGCGGGGCGCCGCAGAGCCAGCAGGCUGCCCGGGCCUCCUGGGUGACAGGCCCUGCGGGGCCGCCUGGGAAGAAGUGACUGGAGACCAGCUGGAAAGAGACGACCUAGAGUAGGGGCGGCUGCCGUACUCCCUCUCCCGAGCCGAGGCAGCCAAGGAAUUUAGAGCAGCGUUUCCCCAGUCAUAAAAAAGACACUUGCUUUCCAGAGCAGCACCUUCGCCCAGACAUUGCUGGGGGGAGGGGUCCUUGGAGCCCGGAGCACCACCCCACACUCCCUUGACUGAGGCCUCUGGGCCUCGGAGAGGACCCGAGUUAGAAAGGAAGCAGCGGUUGGCUUCUUGCUGCCCCCGAGGGGAGAGGACGUUCCCUGCCCGUCCCCAGGCCCAGAAGGAGCUGGGCCAGUAAGAGUGGGGCCCUGGCCCCUGAGGCUGCAGCAGCGGCCAUGUCAAGGCCAGGCCAGGGUGUGAUGAUGCCGGUGAGCGGGCUGGGCUUCCCACCGCAGAAUGUGGCCCGGGUGGUAGUGUGGGAGUGGCUAAAUGAGCACAGCCGCUGGCGGCCUUACACGGCCACCGUGUGCCACCACAUCGAGAAUGUGCUCAAAGAGGACGCCCGCGGUUCCGUGGUCCUGGGGCAGGUGGAUGCCCAGCUGGUGCCCUACAUCAUCGACCUGCAGUCCAUGCACCAGUUUCGCCAGGAUACAGGCACCAUGCGGCCCGUGCGGCGCAACUUCUACGACCCGUCGUCGGCGCCGGGCAAGGGCAUCGUGUGGGAGUGGGAGAACGACGGCGGCGCGUGGACGGCCUACGACAUGGACAUCUGCAUCACCAUCCAGAACGCCUACGAGAAGCAGCACCCGUGGCUCGACCUCUCGUCGCUCGGCUUCUGCUACCUCAUCUACUUCAACAGCAUGUCGCAGAUGAACCGCCAGACGCGCCGCCGCCGCCGCCUGCGCCGCCGCCUGGACCUGGCCUACCCGCUCACCGUCGGCUCCAUCCCCAAGUCGCAGUCGUGGCCCGUGGGCGCCAGCUCGGGCCAGCCCUGCUCGUGCCAGCAGUGCCUGCUGGUCAACAGCACGCGCGCCGCCUCCAACGCCAUCCUGGCCUCGCAGCGCCGCAAGGCGCCCCCCGCGCCCCCGCAGCCGCCGCCGCCGCCGCCGGGAGGGCCUCCGGGAGGGCCGCCGGGCGCGCUGGCCGUGCGCCCCAGCGCCACCUUCGCGGGCGCCGCGCUCUGGGCCGCGCCCGCCGCGGGCCCCGCCGAGCCGGCGCCGCCCCCCGGGGCGCCCCCGCGGAGCCCCAGCGCCCCCGGCGGCGCGCCCACCCCGGGGCAGAACAACCUCAACCGGCCCGGGCCCCAGCGCGCCGCCAGCGCGAGCGCACGCGCCUCCAUCCCGCCGGGGGUCCCCGCGCUCCCGGUGAAGAACUUGAAUGGUACCGGGCCGGUCCACCCGGCCCUGGCAGGGAUGACCGGAAUCCUGCUGUGCGCGGCCGGCUUGCCCGUGUGCCUCACGCGAGCCCCCAAGCCCAUUCUGCACCCGCCGCCCGUGAGCAAGAGCGACGUCAAGCCCGUGCCCGGCGUGCCCGGGGUGUGCCGCAAGACCAAGAAAAAGCACCUCAAGAAGAGUAAGAACCCCGAGGAUGUGGUUCGAAGGUACAUACAGAAGGUGAAGAACCCACCCGAUGAGGACUGCACCAUCUGCAUGGAGCGCCUGGCCACAGCAUCGGGCUACGAGGGCGUGCUUCGGCACAAGGGUGUGCGGCCCGAGCUCGUGGGCCGCCUGGGCCGCUGCGGCCACAUGUACCACCUGCUGUGCCUCGUGGCCAUGUACUCCAAUGGCAACAAGGAUGGCAGCCUGCAGUGCCCCACCUGCAAGGCCAUCUACGGAGAGAAGACAGGCACUCAGCCGCCCGGGAAGAUGGAGUUCCAUCUCAUCCCCCACUCGCUGCCGGGCUUCGCUGACACCCAGACCAUCCGCAUUGUCUACGACAUCCCCACAGGCAUCCAGGGCCCUGAGCACCCCAACCCAGGCAAGAAGUUCACCGCGAGAGGCUUCCCGCGCCACUGCUAUCUGCCCAACAACGAGAAGGGCCGGAAGGUGCUGAGGCUGCUCAUCACCGCCUGGGAGCGGAGACUUAUCUUCACCAUCGGUACUUCCAGCACCACGGGCGAGUCAGACACCGUGGUGUGGAAUGAGAUCCACCACAAGACCGAGUUUGGAUCCAACCUCACAGGCCAUGGCUACCCGGAUGCUAGCUACCUAGACAAUGUGCUGGCUGAGCUCACAGCCCAGGGUGUAUCCGAGGCUGCAGCCAAGGCCUGAGGCCCAAGGCUGCCCGCCUUCCCUCUUGCUUGGCCCCUGGUCUGGCACUUGCCUCCCUCCGCCAGGUGUGUCCUGGUGGCCCCAGUUCAGGGCUGGGGAGGAGCCUGUGAUAGCCAGAAGCAUUCUGGGGAUUUGGCUGGUGGGAGUUGGAAUGAUAGGAGGAUGGCAGGCCAGCCAGCUCCGACUUGUAGCUCCCUGAGAGGGUGGCCAGGAGAGUACCAGGAACCACAGCAGCCUCCCUACCAAAAAGACAGAGCCCCACCCCCUCACGCAAACACACGUGUCCUAUUGAACACAUGCACGCACACCCACGUGCCUCUACUUACCCCCAAACUGGGGGGGAAGAGACAGAAGACCCCUGUGAUACUCCAUCCGGAUUCCCAUCUGUGUCUCUAUCACAUCUGUACAGGCUUGUCAGCAAGCAGGAUUCAGGUCAUACACCUGCGGGCCCGCUGGGGUUAGGGGGGAAAGGGGCCCUUGGGAAGCUCAGCCUCCUCCCACUUAUGCCACCCACCAAUGGGCAGUUGUAGGGCCUAUGGGGUAGGAGCCCCAAAUCAGAGCAGUUCUGCAGAGGAGCGGGCCAGAGGCAGGGGGACCAGAGGGAUCUUAUUUUGUGCUUGUGUCUCUUCAUCCUUCUGGGAUUCUGACGUCCUUCCUCUGCCUUCCCAUCCCCGGGCCUUAUGUCUGUCCCAGAUAAAGGCACUGUUCUCCUUUCCUCCCCACCCCAUCCUCUCCAUCAAAUCACUCCCAACAUCGAGAUCCAAAGGCUGGAGCUUCUGGCUUCAGGAGUAAGACGAGGAGGCCUAGCUUAGGCCAGCAGGGCUGAGAAGCAGACCGGACAGCAAAGAGUCCAUUUCCCUUUCCUUGGGAGUGGGCAGUGGGGUGGCUGAUGGUCUUGGCCAACCAGGGGCCUGUUGCCCAGGCAACUCACCAGCUCCGCCUCUGUUGAUUGGCUGCCACGGUGGAAGACAGCCAAGAUUUAAAGGGACGCCAGCGAUUGCUCUUUUGAAAACCUACCAGUCCCACUGUGGGUGGAGAAAUAAAUGGUCUUUCUCCUCCUCA